AUGACAUUCCAAGAAUUCAAAGGCAAACUUGCCAUUGUCACCGGAGGCUCUAAGCAGAAUGGCAUUGGUUUCGCGACUGCCUUUGCGUUGGCCAAGGCCGGUGCUGAUAUUGUACUCCACUACAAUUCGAACAAAGAGGCAGCUGAACACAGUGCCAAUAAGAUUCGCGAGCUUGAGGUCAGGGUCGCCGUUGUCCAAGGCGACGCGGGGUCUCUGAGCUUCGGAGACGACGUUGUUCGCGCUACCGUGGAGGCGUUCCCAGGUCGUCAGAUCGACAUCAUUGUUAACAAUGCCGGUCACGCUACCUUCCAGGAGGGCGCCGAGACGGCCGUAGUCGAGGAGUUCGACGCGUUGUUUCACCCUAACGUCAGAGGCCCGCACCUCCUAGUGCAGGCCGCACUUCCCUAUCUCGCUUCUCCUGGCGGCCGCAUUAUUAAUGUUGGCAGCGUUGUUGCCCGCACCGGCGCCAAACAAGCAGCCCUCUACUCAAGCACGAAAGGGGCUUUGAACACCUUGACACUGGCUUGGGCCGAAGAGCUCGGGGAGAGGGGCAUCACCGUGAACGUGGUCGCUCCGGGACCGAUCGAUACGGAUUAUGCUCCUCCAGAGGAGCAUCCGUUGACGAAGAAAUUUCGGGCACAGCAGUACAUCAAGCGCAACGGAAGUACGGAGGAGGUCGCGAAUGUCAUCGUGUUUGCGGCAAGUUCUGGCGCUAGCUUUGUAUCGGGUCAGGUGCUAGGUGUUGAUGGAGGUCUGAGUUACAUAUAA